CUGCUGUGUCAUCCAGUCCUUCCCCCUCCUCUAAUCUCUCAAUCCCUCCUUCCCUCCAUAGCAGGAAUACAGUGUGAGACUCCUAUUGCUAUCUGUCCUUGUCUGUGCCCUCCUCCUGACAUUUUCUCCAGUCAACUCUCUCCUCUUUCAGCUCCAAGAUUCUAUAACAAAUAUGGAGAAUAACCAGUCACCUGAACUCAAACCUGAACAGCAAUCCCUCUCUCCUGCAAACAGCACUAUGGCGUUACCUACUCAGAAUGGCCUCGAGAAACAAAACACUGAGAAAUCAGCUCCCCAGCUUCCAUCCAACCCCCCUCAGAAUGAACCAACUGCUCUGCCUGAAACAAUAGUUUGUGACAUAUCAGAAGAGCUGAACCGACAGCUGGAGGACAUUAUUAAAACCUACGGGUCUGCUGUUAGUCUGGUGGAGAAGGAGAGAACUACUAAGGAAACAGACAAGUCUGAGAAAGGGGAGUCAGUCAAUAAUGAGGAAGGAGAAUAUGAAGAUGGAAAUGAUGAGAGUGAGAAAGAACAAAUAGCUACUGGGGAUGCCUCAGGAGCAAAGGAAUCUAGCACCAGUAAGGAGCAAAAACUGGAGAAGAAAAUCCUGAAAGGGCUAGGUAAAGAAGCCACCUUACUGAUGCAAAGUUUGAACAAGAUGAAUACACCAGAGGAGAAGCUGGACAUGUUAUUUAAGAAGUAUGCUGAGCUGCUGGAAGAACAUCGUGCCGAGCAGAAAAAACUGAAGCACCUGCAGAAGAGACAGGCACAGAUCAUCAAAGAGAAGGACCAGCUGCAGAGUGAGCACAACAGAGCCAUCCUUGCCCGCAGCAAACUUGAGAGUCUCUGUCGAGAGCUCCAGAGACACAACAAAACCCUCAAGGAGGAAACAAUCCAACAGGCACGGGAGGAAGAUGAGAAGAGAAAAGAGAUAACUAAUCAUUUCCAGGGCACACUGAGUGAAAUCCAGUCUCAGAUUGAACAGCAAAGUGAGAGGAAUAUGAAACUAUGUCAAGAGAACACAGAGUUGGCAGAGAAACUGAAAUGCAUCAUUGAUCAAUAUGAACUCAGAGAGGAGCACCUUGACAAAAUAUUCAAGCACAGAGAGCUUCAACAGAAACUGGUAGAUGCCAAGUUGGAGCAGUCACAGGAAAUGAUGAAGGAGGCAGAGGAGCGACAUCAGAGAGAAAAGGAAUAUCUCCUGAAUCAAGCUGCAGAAUGGAAACUCCAGGCCAAAAUGCUGAAGGAGCAGGAAACUAUACUACAGGCCCAGAUAACUCUCUACUCUGAAAGGUUUGAAGAAUUCCAGAAAACGCUGACAAAAAGUAAUGAGGUGUUUGCUAGUUUCAAACAGGAGAUGGAGAAAAUGACUAAGAAGAUGAAGAAGCUGGAAAAAGACACAGCUACAUGGAAAUCCCGGUUUGAGAACUGUAACAAGGCUCUACUGGAUAUGAUUGAGGAGAAAGCAAUGAGGACCAAGGAGUAUGAAUGCUUUGUGCUGAAAAUCCAGAGGCUAGAAAACCUUUGCAGAGCUCUGCAGGAAGAGAGGAAUGAACUCUACAAAAAAAUAAGAGAUGCAAAAUUCCCUGAAGAGUUAGAAGAAGAGGAUAGAAAUGAUGACAUCUUGCAAGAGGAGGCCGGUGCAAGUCCUUCUGUUAUUGAACAGCCUAAUACAGAGCUGUACACUGCUGAUGAGAACAUGCUGAAGAAUCUGGCUGCAGCUUUCACGGUGACUCAUCACAAGGAACAGCCCCUUGCAGUCUCCGACGAAAACACCAAUCAAGAGACCUGUGACAUGCAAGCAUGCAGUCCUCUGCCCCCACCAGAGCCAGAGCUUCUGCCUCAUCCCACCCUUCAGCCUGAGAUAGCAAGUCACUCAGAGCCAGCGAGUCCAGCACUGAAGCCAAUUGAAAGUGAGCCAAAGGAUGAAGAAUGUGUAGGAGCUCAGGCUCAGUGGCCAACUCAAGAUCAGCCCACACAACAAACACCAGAUAACGACAUGGAAGGAGUAGAUUAAAUACAAUGCAGUGUUCAGGCUCAUUUUCUACCAACCACAUUUCCUCUUGCUCUCCCCAGAUUGAUUUUAAAAACAAAACAAAAAAUAAGGCUUGAAAACAUGCUGAAACGUAUUUGUAGGAUGCUGUGCUGUUUGUAGGAGCAUAUAAUGCAAUUUUCCUCUUUGCCACCACUGUACUGUAACAAUAGGUCUUCAGUUUUGCUGUUCCUUGUACUCAAAUCAUAAUAUUUUCUUAAUUAUAGUAAAUUAUAAAACAAAAAAUUGCAAGAUCUUCUUUCCAGGCAUUAUGAGUCAUUGCACUUGGCAAAAAUCACUUCAAACCACGGAGGCUUUGUGUUUUAAGAGUUAUUGCAAUACAGACGCACAUUUUUUAAACUAUAAUUAACUGUGUCAGUUUGGUUUGGUGUGACAUAAUGGAUGCCCUCUUUAGGCACCAGGUGAUUUUAAGAAAGAAGAUAAGAAUUUGUAAUCAUAGCAAAAUGCUGUGAAAGCCUCAAUGAGCUUGGUCAAAUCCAGGACAGAUCAUAACAACAGGCUCAUUUGUUGCAAGAUUUCACUGUCGUUGGCAACUGUGUAUAGUAUAAACACUCACAGCACUGAACAUUGACCCUCACCUCUGUUUAGUGCUGUGGUUAUGUCACUGCUUUCAACAGAAUCAGCUGAAAGGAAAAGAAAUUCCUGUGCUAGAUUCCUCACAGAAUUAGUGGUUUAAUCCUGAAGGCCAGAUGCUGGCUUUUAAGUAACAGCCCUUGAGCGGGAGGCAGAGUGGAGACACGGUUGCAUAGACUGCUCCGUCCAUGAGAAUGAAUCAGAUUCCCUCCUGUGCUCCAGUCCUGCUGCACAAGUGGGUGCAGACAGAAAUGUAAUCCUAAAGCUUCUUCCUCACCCCUUUCCUGGAAUCCUGCUGCCCAGAAUGCUACCUGUCCUUGCUCCUUCUGGGUACGAGGAAUGUGGGAACAUGCUGUUGUGAACAGGAGAGGAGAAAGGUUGCAGGUGCACCCCUGCACAGCUACACGUCCACACAGAAAUCUCUAGCAAUAAAAGAGCAUUAAAACAUUCUAGAUGUCAGCACAGUCUGAGUUGGGUUUGUUUUUUUAAUACAUCAGGCAGUUUCAAGACCUCUCUCAUCUCUCCCAUGUGUUUUCUAUAAUCACUAUAGGUCCACAAGAUACCAUUCUGACCUGAAUGGGUCAACAUUAUAAAGAGAGAGACUGUGUGAGAACAGAUGUCCACAAGCUGGACAAGGAAAUUUUCUAUCCAAGCAAAUCCACUUUUACAUGCAAACCUUGAUAAUCCCUAAACUGCUGUAAAGCAGUCUUUAUCAAACUGUGGAACAUAAACCACUGGUGUUUCAUUAGGUUAUAAUAAGUGGUCACGCUGUUUCUCUGCCUUCUUUUACUAUAAUUCUCAUGAUAAAGGUCAUCUAUGACAAAUUUUGAGGGCUAACAGCGUUCCAUUCGUUCUUAAAGUACAAGAACCACUGUGCUGGUAUACUAUGCAUUCAAACUGAAGUCAAAAUGUAGAUGACCUAAGAUAAAUAGUGUCAUCAGUGGGAGACUGAUCACAAAGAACAGAAUCUUUACCCUUUAUCCAUCCAACUGGCAGUUUCCAAAUGCUUAAGUGGCAUUUUUGUACUGCUUGCUAUUUUGCUACACAUUCAGUGUGGAUACAUAAUUGUCCACAUGGUUUCUGAGCAUGUGUAGUAGGCUAUAUGCUGGCUAGGAAUGUACACACAUACCUGAGCGUAAGUAUUGAAAGAACAAGAAAAAGGAGGGCCCUUCCCAUCUUUCAGCCCCAAUAGUUGAGUAGAUAGGGCACUCCCCAGCAACCAGGGCACCCUCAACCAGAAGGUGUGUAAACGUCUGAAUUGUCAGCAUAGUGCCAUAACACUACCUAUCCAGUCAUGCCCACAGCCCCUCCUUUUGGAGCUGAACUACUGCCCCCUGGUAUUUAACAUUCAUCAACUAAGCUGGACCCUUGCUCCCAGUAGGAGCAAGGGUCCAGGCUAGAAGUCUUUUAUCCAAGGCAACAGCCAUGUAACUGAGCCAUAUACACAGCUUGCCUGACCCCACACAUUCUUUGUCUCUUGAACACUCAGGGAGCCAGCUUCAAAAGAAAUGCUAAAAAGGGCCUUUUAUGGCCUUUUCAUGCCUAACCUGUGGUUUGAGCACUGUGCUAGAAGUUAAACAAAUACAGGUUCAAAACCACUCUGAGUGAAGAAGGGACCCUAGAACCUAAGGCUUCCACACCCUAGCCAAGGCUGUUAAGCACUCAGCUCAUCCGGUGGAAGAUCCUUCUGCUCCUCCUGUAUCUUGCACCAGCUAGUUGCCAGUUUUUGCAAGAUGGAAUUUUUAAAAUUAUGCAUACCAGCACAUGCAGAUAUAGAUACAUAUUCACUCAGCCCAUGCAUAGCCUACUACAUAUGGCCAGUAGCUAUUGGGUACUUACAUUGCAUAGGCAAAAAUUGCAAACUUUGUUUAAGUGCCAAGUGCCAAGAACGUCACAGCUGGAACACUGCCAUUUGGGUAAGGGAAUUCUGUCCAAAACACUUGUUGCAGUUCACCCAAAACACUUUUUAUCUUCUUUGCUCAUUCCCAAUGAGAUCUUCACCCUGGUUGACUCGAUAUGACUUUUUCUGUUUGCACUGUUUGGUACAAUCUUUUGGGAAAGGUAACUGGUUUCAGUGUUCCCAGCAUGAUUUGUAACAGUUAUUUGUUUGGACAUUAGCCUUAUCUAUCCUGGCUGAAAUUUUCAAACUUAGAGACCUAAAGUAGGACACCUACAUUCAUAUUCAGGCUCCUACAUAAAUGGUCAUCUUUUCUGAAAAUCAGCCCACUUAAGUGCCUUGAUUGAUAAAUUUUAGCCUAAAUAAAUCCUUUCAGAAGCUGAACAUCUAUAAUCAUUUGAUUUACUCUCUAUGGGUUCUAGUGUUUUGUGUCUUUAGAAGCCCAUAUAGCUUUGCUUGUUGUUAGGGUGAUUUUUUUAAUUAACAUAAUUUAUAUA